GUAAAGACAGGACAUUUAACACUGCAAAUAUCAGCUUCAUUCAGUCAGUCUCAGAGGAAGGGUCAGUGAGCAGACACGGUUACUUUGUGUGCAAAAGGCUGACAUGAAAGAAGGAAACUAGGGGUGGCUGAGAAAAAAAAAAGUCACAGAGACUUAAGAGGCAUCAGAAACUACUGCUGAGAAGAAGAAACUCGCAUCAGAUUUUCACCACCACCACACCACACCACAGAGAAAAGAGAAGAAAAAACCGAUCAAUUUCAUCACCACACUACUCAGAAAAAGAUGGAGUACAAAGUGACAGUGGCCACCGGGACUUCUGAGUAUUCAGGAACCAAUAACUAUGUGUACGUGACUCUGAUUGGAGAGAAAGGAAAGAGCGAGAGGACGGUGCUGGACAAUCCUGGUCUGGACUUCUGCAGAGGAGCUGUGGAUGAUUACGUAGUUAAAAGCGAUACGGAUUUGGGUCCCCUGAUUCUAGUGCGACUGGAGAAGCAUAAGUACUUUAUAGAAGACAACUGGUUCUGCCGCUACGUGAAAGUCAGUGUACCUGGCGAAAGAGGUUGUUACACUUUUCCCUGUUACCGCUGGCUAGUGGGAGAUGGAGUGUUUGUAGAGCUCCGAGAAGGCACAGCCAAAAAGGUGAGCGAAGACAGUCUGCCGCUGGAAAUGGCUCACAGACAAUCAGAGCUUCAGGAGAGGCAGAAAACAUACAGAUGGGUUGCAUGGGCUCCAGGCAUUCCCAAAUGCAUUGAUGCAAAAAGCGAGGCCGAUCUGCCCCAGGAUGCUCGCUUUGAUAAUGAGAAACGCAGUGAUUUUGAGGGUUCUCUUCAAUAUGCUCUGUUGGAACUCUCGCUGAAAAAACUGGCAAUCCGGUUUGGAAAGUCCUGGAGUGACCUGGAGGAUUUCAGGAGGAUCUUCUGGAAACUAAGAAGCCCUAUAGCUGAAUACACCAUGGAGCACUGGAAAGAAGACUGGUUUUUUGCUUACCAGUUCUUGAACGGCUCAAACCCACGGAAUAUCACCAGAUUGAAAAAGGUGCCAUCGAACUUCCCUGUCACUGGAGACAUGGUUCAGUCCUCUCUGAUACCCACAACCACUCUGAAUGAGGAACUCAAGAAAGGAAACAUUUACCUGGUUGAUCAUGCAAUACUGGAUGGGAUUCCUGCCAAUGUAAUCAGAAACAGCGCCCAGUAUAUUGCUGCCCCACUCUGCUUACUGUAUGAACACCCUGAGAAAGGACUCAUUCCCAUCGCCAUACAGCUUGAACAGAAACCUGAUAAGGACACGCCUGUAUUUCUGCCCAGUGAUCCACCUCUGGCCUGGUUGUUGGCUAAGAUGUGGGUUCGUCAUGCUGAAUUCCAGGUCUUUCAGUUGUUGUCUCAUCUGCUGCGCACACAUUUGGUGGUAGAAGUGAUCUGUGUGGCCACACUACGGCAGCUGCCAGCUGUUCACCCCAUAUAUAAGCUCUUGACUCCACACUUGAGAUACACACUGGAGAUUAACUGUCGUGGCAGAACACAGCUCCUCUCUCCAGAGGGCAUCUUCAAAAGGGUGGUGUCCACAGGUGGAGAUGGUCUCUUGGUGUUAGCUCAAAGAGAGUAUAAAGUACUGACCUAUCGCUCUCUCCAGCCUAAAUUUGACUUCUUGGACAGAGGGGUUACUAAAGUGAGAGGCUAUUUUUACAGAGACUACUCUGUGAUGCUAUGGGACGUGAUUCAGAAUUUUGUUUCAGGAAUGGUUUCCCUGUACUACCAGAGCGACAGUGACGUGAAAGAGGACUCUGAGCUUCAGGCCUGGAUUCAUGAUGUGGCUGUGGAGGGCUUUGUGGAUGUUCCUGAAUUUGGCCUGGCCAGUGAUAUGAAGACAAAAGAGGAGCUGAUCACUCUGUUAAGUGUGGUGAUCUUCACCAGCACAGCACAACAUGCUGCCACAAACAACGGACAGUUUGACUGGUGCGCUUGGGUACCCAACACCCCCUGCACCAUGAGACACCCCCCACCCACAGAUAAAGACGCAGUGACCAUGGAACUGAUUAUGGACACACUGCCCGACAUCAGCCAGUCCUGUGUGCAGAUGGCCAUCACAUGGCAUUUGGGCCGUGCACAGCCUGAUGCGAUCCCAAUGGGCCAGUAUGUGGAGCAGUACUUCACUGAACCUGCUGCUUUGAAGGUGAUUGACACAUUCAGGAAAGAGCUGAAAGAACUGGAGGACAAGAUAAUGGCGCAGAAUGAGGGACUAGAACUUCAGUACCUUUACCUUUGUCCAAGCCGCAUGGAAAACAGCAUCACUAUUUAGAGACAAAAACAAAUACACUACCUGGCAAAAGUCUUGUUGCCUAUCCAAGUUUUAGGAACAACAAAUAAUAACUUGACUUCUAGUUGAUGAUUUGGUAUCAGAAGUGGCUUAUAUGAAAGGCAAAGGCUUCUAGAUUCCGCUUAUUUUACUAAACUAAAAUAUGAUCAUGCCUUGAUUUUAAUUAUUUAAUUAGGACAGUAAGGUCUGACUUUGCUGAGACAAAAGUCUUGUCACUUAAAAGAAAUAAUAUACAGUAUAGAAUAUAAAGUCAUGGUGCAGUGGAAAAAGAAUUAAUAUUGUGUAUAUUGAUACUCUCAUGAGUUUGGAGAACUGCAUCCAUACAUCUCUGCAAUGACUCAAAUAACUUCCUAAUAAAGUCAUCUGGAAUGGCAAAGAAAGCGUUCUUGCAGGACUCCCAGAGUUCAUCAAGAUUCUUUGGAUUCAUCUUCAAUGCCUCCUCAAUUCUACCCCAGACAUGCUUAAUAAUAUUCAUGUCUGGUGACUGGGCUGGCCAGUCCUGAAGCACUUUGACCUUCUUUGCUUUCAGGAACUUUGAUGUGGAGGUUGAGGUAUGAGAAGGAGCUCUAUCCUGCUGAAGAAUUUGCCCUCUCCUGUGGUUUGAAAUGUAAUGGGCAGCACAAAUGUCUUGAUCUCUCGCAUGCCUCCAUACUGAAUGUAACCCCAAACCAUGAUUUUUCCUUCACCAAACUUGACUGAUUUCUAUAAGAAUCUUGGGUCCAUGAGGGUUCCAGUAGGUCUUCUGCAGUAUUUAAGAUAAUUGAGAUGCAGUUCAACAGAUGGUUCAUCAAAAAAAAUCUACCUUCUGCCUCUUUUUCAAAUGAUCAACUAGAAGUCAAGUUAUUAUUUGUUGCUGUUACAACUGGGAUCGACAACAAGACUUUUGUCAGAUAGUGUACAUGUAAAUACACAUUUGUACCAGCUUUUCCAGUCAAUGACUUGCUCAUCAAUGGGAUAUAACACA